UAACUUCGCGCUUCAACAGGGGAUAUUCUCUUUUUGCUCUUCCCCCCCCCCCCCAGCUAGAUAAGACCACAACGCGGAUUCAAUCAACGACACAUUUGGGCGCUGAAGGUGAGCUGUCACCGUCGUGGCAUCGAGCUGAACUCCGUCCGGAUCGGCGAUCCAGAUAGCCCUUUUUGAAUGAGACAGCCCACGCUGCAGGCACGCAUUCCCGAAGGGGAGAAAAAAGAAAGGACUGUCAUCCUGCCUUGCAUACCUCCGCGGAAUCAUUAUUUGUGAUAAAUAAAGCGCUCGGCCGUCGUCGUCAACAGGCAUGUCCGGUACCCACCGGUCAUUCAGUUUCGAACCUGGGGAGGAACGGUUCCAGAGCAACCAGGCCGCUGAAGCGCCCCAGGGGACCGAUGAUGCUCUCACGGCCGCCCCCAUCGUUGGGAAUGCGUCUGCCGUGCCUCCUGCACCGCCUCCUCACGGCGAGCCAGCCUUGCAGUCAGCUCGACAAUUGGCACACUCGCCCUCGGUGCGGACAAACACGACGGUGACGCCGGGGAUGGACAACCUGGGGGCCACAGCUGCAGGCGGUGGUAUCAGUGGAAUCGCCCUGGGAGUCGCUGGCAAUAACGAACGUCAAAGUGGUCUCGAGGCCACGAAAGAGAUACAGAGUCCGGUGAACGGUCGGUGGAUUGGGCCGGCCGAACGAAGCCAAAACAACAACAUCAACAAUAACAACAACACCAUCAUCAACACCAACAUCAACGCCAACACAGCAUCAGAUACACCAUAUGUUCCAUCAACACCCAGUUGCCCCAGUCACGAUUCGCUCGGACCGCUACGACCACGGGACUCCUACGCCUCCAAUUAUUCUCCCCUAGGGGCAGCCGCUAUGCCGGCAGGACAUGUCAGUCCUGCAGGUAGCACGCCGCAUCUCACACCAACGACGAAUCCCUCCCAACGGAGUCUGAUCGAUCAUUACCCAUCAUAUCCGAGUACAGGAAGCUGGUACGAUGGUCCUUAUCAGAGACAGUCGGCUUACGGUGCCGCUGUCAACCCGAUGAUGAUCAACGCCGAGGAGAUUGCGGAUGAUGGCGAUGACGACAUUUUCCGAACGCCUCAACGGAAAUCGAUGCUGCCCCUGGGUUUUCGAUCCAGCGAAGCCUUGCCCGCUGAAACUAAUGGCACGGCAGGAGGAGGCAUGGCGGGCGCAUUCGGAAAAAAGGCGCAGCGAUCUGGCGCUUCCAACGGAUCACCAUAUGGCCAAGUUUCCGGGCUUGAAGUCGGCUAUAAGAGCGAGUAUGCCCGAGGACGGGGUGAUGGAAACCGAAAGAAAGGAUGGAUUGUCGGUGUUGUCCUCGGUAUCAUCAUUAUUGGAGCCAUUGUCGGGGGUGCCGUGGGUGGUGUCUACGGCAACCGAAAAGACAGCAAGACAGACGUCAACGGCGGUGAUAGCGAAACAACAUAGACCACGGUCGAUAUUGAAACGUCCGACCUGGUGAUUCAAGAGUUACCUGAGUUCGCAGUAUUUGAUGACUGGUGGAAGAUCUAGUAUGGCCCGUGAGGAAUUGGGGGCAAGUGAGAUCUGAUGGU